GGAAGAACAGCAAGGAAGUACGACGUGUGUUUCGUCAGUCCCGAAGGACAUAAGCUAAGAUCAAAAGGUGCGCUUGUGAAUUAUUUUCGUAAAACUGGAGAGACAACUCUAAAAGCAGAAGAUUUUGAUUUUACUGCGCCAUCUCGGAGCAGCACCCGUUCAGGGGCCAAAAGAUGCAGCUCAAAAGCUGUGGGAGCUGGUUUACAGGAGGAGGAUCGUCAGAGUCAAGCACAGGACCUUAGUGUACAGAAUGGUGAAGAAGAUAAAAUUCAUAAGGUUCAAACUGGAAAUGAACGGCUGGGAGAUGUUGCUGCUACAACCACUUGCAGUAGUAAGGAUUUGGUCGUGAAAGAAGUAAAACCAGAGGACUGUUUGAAAACCAAAAAAAAAGGGGCAGUUGGAAAAAGUGUUCAGAGUAAGAAAACUAGAAAGAGCUCAGAAAAGAAGAAUGCAGAUAAUACCCGAACCAAAAGACAGAGAAAAGUAUGUAACAAACAAGAAACUGAGUGCAUUCAGAACAAGAAAUUCUGCAGAAAGAAGGACAUAGGUGUCCCUAACAGUCAAGGGAGAGAUGACCACAACACAGACCCUGUGGAUGCAGGAAAAAGAAAAACUCUUUUAACAGAGGAAUUACUGAUUUCUGGAUCACAGUCAGACAUACAGCUAGGAUCAGUCACAGCUCCCUUGGAAAAGGAGUUGAAGAGCCCAGCUGAGCUGGAGUGCAUAGAGAAAAGUUUUAAUGAAGCAUCUUCUGCAAAGUCUGAGGAGAAGACUGAUGAACUGGAAAUAGGGAAAGAGACAGAUCAAGUGAAUCUAGAUAACCAGGAUUUUGAAUCCAACACUGAAACGGAUGUUAACAUUUUGCAGCCUUGUGACAAGAAAAUCCUCACAGAAGUUAAAAUGCUGCAAGAAGAAUCUAUUCCACGAACACAGGUGGAAAAGAGGAAAACAAGUCCGUAUUUUUCAAGUAAAUGCUGUAAAGAAGCUCCGAGCCCACCUAGAAGGAAGGCCUUCAGAAAAUGGACUCCUCCACGUUCUCCUUUUAACUUGGUCCAAGAAACUCUUUUCCAUGAUCCAUGGAAACUCCUCAUUGCAACUAUAUUUCUCAAUAAGACCUCAGGUAAGGCGGCAAUUCCUGUGCUCUGGGAGUUCCUUAAGAAAUAUCCUUCUCCUGAAAUAACGAGAACUGCAGACUGGAAAGAAAUGUCAGAGUUGCUCAGACCUCUCGGCCUCUAUGAACUCAGAGCAAAAACUAUAAUCAAGUUUUCAGAUGAGUAUCUGACCAAGCAGUGGAGGUACCCCAUUGAACUGCACGGGAUUGGAAAAUACGGAAACGACUCUUACAGAAUCUUCUGUGUCAAUGAAUGGAAAGAGGUGCAGCCACAGGAUCACAAGUUAAACAUAUAUCAUGCAUGGCUCUGGGAAAAUCAUGAGAAACUAAGUAUAGAUUAAAAAAGACAGUUACUACAGCCUCAUCUUGUAGUAUUUACCAACUUUGCUAUGUGUAUGAAGUGUAUAUCCUUAAAGUCUUGUUUGGAUCAUCAAGUUCUUAAUCUAAAUAUUUGUGUCACAUAACAAACUCAGGUAAUCAUUGUAAUAAAGUGGUGAUUAAAAGUUUUAAAUUUUAAAUAAACAUAUCCAAAUUUU